AUGUUCAUCAUCGGCAUCCUCACCCGACAGCCAGCACUCUUGACUCUUCACAUUUCAGACAUCAGGACCCAGCUGGAUCACCUCCGCCAAACCUGCCACGAAUCUCGUAUGUACGAGGAUUCGGACAAACCUGCGGAUAAUCCAAACUAUUGA